AUGGUCGCUCGGUCCGGCGAAGGGAGUGAAGGGCAGCCUCGCCCUCUCACCCCCUCUUCGAGAACCCCCGGAACCCCGAUAAAGCCUCGAUUGGCACGAGUUGGAACGAGUCCGACGAAGCGAGAAGAGAAACCGAAGGAAGACAAAGUUUUGAAGUCAUCGGCAAAAGAUGUUGCGGAACUCAAGGACUAUCAAUUGGGAGACUGCCUGGGCAAAGGCGCCUUCGGUUCCGUGUAUCGUGCGUUGAAUUGGAAUACUGGGGAGACUGUCGCCGUCAAGCAAAUCAAAUUGACAGAUCUUCCCAAGAGUGAAUUGCGCGUUAUCAUGCUUGAAAUUGAUCUUCUCAAAAAUCUCGAUCACCCCAAUAUUGUCAAGUACCACGGAUUUGUAAAAUCCGUUGAAACUUUGAACAUCAUUCUCGAAUAUUGCGAAAAUGGCUCGUUGCAUUCCAUUGCGAAAAACUUUGGUCGUUUCCCUGAGAACCUUGUGGGAUUAUAUAUGUCCCAGGUUCUUCAUGGUUUGCUCUACUUGCAUGAACAGGGUGUUAUUCACCGGGAUAUCAAGGGUGCAAAUAUUCUCACCACAAAGGAAGGACUCGUCAAGCUGGCAGAUUUCGGCGUGGCGAGUCGAACCACGGGCUUGAGUGAAUCAAGCGUGGUUGGUACGCCGUACUGGAUGGCCCCCGAAGUAAUCGAGCUUUCGGGAGCAACAACAGCUUCCGAUAUCUGGAGUUUGGGAUGCACUGUCAUCGAGCUACUCGAGGGCAAACCCCCUUAUCAUAACAUGCAACCCAUGCCAGCACUAUUUCGUAUCGUAAACGAUGAUCAUCCUCCAUUCUCACAGGGUGCCUCGCCGGCUGUGAAAGACUUCCUGAUGCAAUGUUUCCAGAAAGACCCCAACCUUCGAGUCUCAGCAAGAAAGUUGCUUAAACAUCCGUGGAUUGUUAAUGCGCGCAGAACCGAAUCUGUGAUCCCUAAGAAGUCUACGGAAUAUGAAGAAGCCGUCAAAAGUGUCCAAGAAUGGAACGAGGCUCUGCGGUCACCCGAAGCAGGGACUUCGAAGAAAAAGCAGAGGCCAGACCACCCCAGUACUUCAGGCCUGCCAUCUACCCGAAAUAAUCCAUUGGUUGAUAGCCUGCCAUCACCAACCGCCAUCAAACCCACGGAUCGCUUUCGCUCACCUGUGUUAGCAGGGGACGACAAUUGGGACGAUGACUUUGCUACUGCAAUCUCUCCUAGCGCACUCAAGUUGCCGCAUCUACGGCCACAUGAUAACUUCGGGGGCAUGCUCUCUUCCGAGAGACUUAAAGCUUUUGCAUCACUCGAUGGGACUAUACUCAGAUCGGAUGACAAUUCCGAUCCCUUUGAGGAUAGCUCAGGAUUGUCCGACGAAGAUACUUUGCAGACCAUCCGACCAUAUCCCAUCAAACCUUCUGUGGCAGAGCCUUCCAAGCCUCAAAACCCUGCGCUCUCCCAGCCUGGAUCCAAUCCCCCCAUUUCUGCAUUGCAAAAUGUCCCAAUCCUCGCCCAAAAUCCCAUGCCGAGACGAGCUCGUCCGGCUCCUCGUCCGACCAAUCUCUACAAAGAGAACUCUAUCGAUGAUUAUUCCGAUCUCAUUAUGGCCAAUGAGGAUUCAUUAGAUCGGAAGUUGGGUGGUUAUCAGGUACAGUCCGGCCAGAGUUUAAUUUCUCUGUAUGAUUUUAACAUUUUCCAGGACUUCGAGGAUGAUCCAUCAUCACCCAUUCAUGAAAAUAUAGGAUACAGCCAAUUGGAUGCCGAUUUUGGUAAUCCUCAUCCCCAGCUGCGCAAACAGCUUUCUGUGAAGCGCGACCGCUCUGCCAUUGAGAUCCAGAGGUUUGCUGAGAAUGAAAAUGAUGAGGACUUCUCUGAUAUUCUUGGGGCCGACCAAGCUGCUUUAGAUCAGGCAGAGAGCGACGAUGGCUCGGAUCAAAGUACAUUGAUGCUAAACUCGAAGCUGUCUAACUCAUGGCUGGGAGACCAAGAAGACGAAGACGAUCCCUUUGCGCAAUUAGAAGAAGGCUUUGACGAGGUGGACCUGGAAGAAAAUAUCGCGCGUGAUAAAUACGCACGUCUUCGCAACCAAGUUGAGGGUCUUGUAGACUCCCUCAAGACAUCCCAGGACGAGGAAGUUCUUGCAGAGAUUUCUGAACAAUUGUUCACGAUUUUCUGUGAUCUUCCAGAGACUAAAAACAUCAUCAUCAGUGCUCACGGCAUGCUGCCGAUUCUUGAGAUUCUGGAUACUACUCGCCGACGUGAUAUUGUCUUCUGUCUGUUGAGGGUUGUCAACGCAAUCAUCUACGAUGACUAUGAGGUUCAGGAAAAUCUUUGCUUUGUCGGUGGAAUCCCUAUCAUCAACGAGUUUGCAUCUAAGAAGUACCCACGCGAAAUUCGACUCGAAGCUGCAGCAUUCGUGCAGCAGAUGUACCAGACUUCCACCCUGACUCUCCAGAUGUUUGUCAGUGCUGGAGGUUUGAACGUCCUGGUCGAGUUCCUAGAGGACGAUUAUGAAGAUGAACGCGAACUGGUGUUAAUUGGCGUGAACGGGAUCUGGAGUGUCUUUGAGUUGCAAGGCUCCACCCCCAAGAACGAUUUCUGUAGAAUCCUGUCUCGCAACUCCGUUCUUGAUCCCUUGUCUCUUGUUCUAAGUCGUGCUCUCGAUGAAGAUGGGGAGUUGACAGAAGUUAUUGAGGGUCGUAUUGCAAAUAUCUUCUUUAUAUUCUCGCAGGCCGAGAAUCAUGUUAAGGAGAUGGUUUCUGAACGAACAGUCUUGCACAGAGUCCUGAAAGAACUGAGGCGAAUGAGCCCAGUUCAUCAAAUCACGAUGUUGAAAUUCAUCAAAAACCUGUCGAUGCUUUCAACUACUCUAGAUUCUCUCCAGAAUUCCAACGCCAUCGAUGUCUUGACUGAUCUGCUUCGAUCAAACCUGAAAAAAGCACACUUCCGCGAGCUCUCGAACCAGAUCCUCAACACCAUCUACAACAUGUGCCGCCUGAACAAGUCUCGGCAAGAAGACGCUGCACUGAACGGCAUUGUACCGCUUCUGCAAAAGAUCGUACUCACAGAGCGCCCACUGAAAGAGUUCGCCCUGCCAAUUCUCUGCGACAUGGCACAAUCUGGAAAGGUUGGCCGUAGGGAGCUCUGGCGCAACAAGGGUCUAGGCUUUUACAUCUCUUUGCUCUUGGAUCCAUAUUGGCAAGUCACUGCUUUGGAUGCUAUUUUCACAUGGCUGCAAGAAGAAACCGCCAAGGUUGAAGAGCACCUCUUGGAUGGCAUAUUUGAGAGUGAUACUUUUGAGGGCCCCAUUACAUUCACUGGUGCCAUUGCGGAAUGCUUGAAGCUUUCCAAGGCUAACGCAUUCGAAAACACUCUCGAACCUCUGCAAAAGCUUCUUCGGCUCAGUCCUCAUGUCGCAUCCACAUUUGCACGUCCUGAUAUCUUCCAAAGACUGAGGCAGAAGCUACAUCACACCAAAGCCGCCGUCCGACUUAACCUUCUGCGCAUAAUAGCCAGUAUUUGUGAUUCAAACGAAGAGCAAGGGGGCUACUCGCAACCUAUGGUCUGCUCGAUUCUAUUCGAAACAUGGAGAACGACCCCGCAGUCCUUGUCAGAGAUAUGGCAGGCAAGCUGGUUCGAUCCAGCGAGGCAUAUGGCGUCAGCAAACGCAGACCAACUGCCCGACGACAAAGCACAUGCACCCCCCUCCAAUUUUAUUUUCGGCAUCCUCUACCCCAUCCACGCCCUCGUCGAGCCGCACCGGCCAGUCAAGGGGAUAUCUAGAAGGUCGGGAAACACCCCGGCACCCGCGGAACUCUCUCAGUGUUUCUUCUUUGGCUAUGAGACCUGGCAGUCGAGAUGGCAACAACCCGGCUCUUGGAUCUGCCACCAAUGGAAGCAGUGCGUCCGCUGCCAGGCCCAGAUCUGCACGACCCCUCUCUAG